AUACCGGGAUCACAUCUAUAUAACAUGCUGUACAAAAACAGCUGUUAAGUGGUGGUUCCAUAACAGAUACAGAGAUAAAAAAUGUACUUGGAAAAAUCAUCAAAUUCAUUGUAAAAAUUAGUGAAAAUGAUUUUUUCAAGGGAGUUUAACUAUGAUGAAAGUUAUGGGAAAUACGUAAAACUAAAAUAAAGAGAGUUCUAGUUGAUAUCUAGAUUGUGUAAACAAUCAUGGCGGUGUUACAUCGUGGUCUGUUCACAUGGUUUAUUAUUGCGGUAUUUUUAAUUCUACUAUGUCUACGAUUAGAAUCACGUACGGAAUGGAAUUGGUUUAUUGUAUUUGUACCGAUGUGGUUGUAUGAUAGUAUACUUUUAAUUUAUGUGCUAUUUCAUUUAAUUUCACAUUGUAAACAUGGGGUAGGUAGUGUGCGUCAAGCCUUACAUUCGCAUAUAUGGUAUAUUGUGGCGGUUAUUUUAAAAAUGAUCGCACAAAUAAUGUUAUGUUUAAAGUUACAAUAUAAACAGUUAAAUAUAUCUGUGUAUGAAGUGAUGAUUCCUGUAUGGAUAUUAUUGCCAAUUAUGGUUGUAGAUGUUACAGUAAAAUUAGUUGUAUCUACGAGAGGUUUUUAAUAAUUUUUUAUAUGAAAAAUAAAUUUUUAAACUACAAA